AUGCCCUCCCGGCCAGCCAUGCUGCUGGGUGGCCUCCUCCUCAUUGUGGCCACCACGACGGUGGCCCAGCGGAGGGGGCAGGAGGCCGGCGGGCGCCGCCGGGAGCACCGAGUCCAGCACGGCCAGUGCAGCUACACCUUUGUGCUACCCGAGCCUGAACCCUGCCCACCCGAGCCCGAGGCCUUUGGGGGCCCCAACAGCCUCCAGAGGGACUCCCCGGCGGCCGCACUGAACCUAGGGGACUGGCCAACCCAGCGGGUGCGACAGCUGGAAAAAAUGCUGGAGAACAACACGCAGUGGCUGCAGAAGCUAGAAAGGUACAUCCAGAUGAACUUGAGGUUGGAGCUGGAGCAGGCCCAGCAGCACAUGGUCCAGAACCAGACAGCCACCAUGCUGGAGCUGGGCACUAGCCUCCUGAACCAGAGCACCGCCCAGACUCGCAAGCUGACUGAUGUGGAGGCUCAGGUCCUGAACCAGACAUCGCGAAUGGAGAUCCAGCUGCUGGAAACCUCACUGUCCACCAACAAGCUGGAGAAGCAGCUGCUGCUGCAGGGCAAUGAGCUCCACCGGCUGCAGGGCUAUAACAGCGCCCUGGAGACGCGGGUGCAGGCCCUGGAGACGCAGCAGCAGGCGGAGCUGGCCAGCCUCCGCGGCGAGAAGGAACGGCUGCGGCGCCUCCUGGGCCGCCAGAGCGGCGCCCUCGCCGGCCUCGAGCGCAGCCUGCGCGCCGCCAGCAGCAACUCCAGCCUCCUGCAGCGCCAGCAGCGCCAGCUGCUGGAGUCGGUGCAGCGCCUGGUGCGCGUCGUGGCCCAGGCCCCGGCUUCCAUGAGGGCAGCUGAGCAGGUGUUCCAGGACUGUGCAGAGAUCCAGCGCUCCGGGGCCAAUGCCAGUGGCAUCUACACCAUCCAUGUGGCCAAUGUGACAGAGCCCAGAAAGGUGUUCUGUGACUUGGAGGCCAGUGGAGGUGGGUGGACUCUCAUCCAGCGCCGUGAGAAUGGCAGCGUGAACUUCCAACGGAACUGGAAGGAUUACAAACAGGGCUUUGGCAACCCAGCUGGGGAGCACUGGUUAGGCAACGAGGUGGUGCACCAGCUCACCAGCAGGGCAACCUACUCUCUGCGCGUGGAGCUGCAAGACUGGGAAGGCAACGAGGCCUACGCCCAGUAUGAGCACUUCCAGCUGGGCAGCGAGGGGCAGCUGUACAGGCUUUCUCUGAGCGGGUACAGCGGCUCGGCGGGGCGCCAGAGCAGCCUGGUCCUGCAGGGCACCAACUUCAGCACCCGCGACGCAGACAAUGACAACUGCCUCUGCAAGUGCGCCCAGAUGCUGUCUGGAGGGUGGUGGUUUGAUGCCUGCGGCCUCUCAAACCUCAACGGCAUCUACUAUCCAGCCCGCCAGCACGUGCGCAAGCUCAACGGCAUCCGCUGGCACUACUUUCAGGGCCCCAGCUACUCUCUGCGCGCCACCCGCAUGAUGGUGCGUCCCACGGGCAUCUAAAGAGCAGCCUCGCCUGGAGCCUGUCCCACAGGAGGAGCUGGACGUGGUAUCCUCUGGACAAGCUGGACCCAAACACAGGACACAGUGCCAGGGCCUUGUCCUGGACACCCCAGGUCCCCUGAGCCAGGCUUCCUUACCCCAGGAGUCCAGAAGAGUCACCUCCCCCUCUUUUUCCCUCAAGUUGUGAAAUGGUGGGUAUUCGGGGGUUCCUGCCUCUGCAAUGUCCCUUUUUCCUCUUCCCUCCUCCCUCCUGCAGGGCCCUCCUGCCUGCUUGAGGGCUGCAGUAUCCUGAAUGAGCUGAGAACAGAUUUAACUGGGGUCCUCAAAGGAAUACACAACUAAUGGUGGAAUGUCAGACAGGUGGGAAGGUAUUUACACACAGGAAAUUGCCCAGAGGGAGGCCCAGAGUCUUUCCCCAUUGUUGGGUAGGCCAGCUGUUGUUCCAAGCUUUCUCAACCUUGAGAUGUCCUUGAACUUUCUGUUCAAGACUGAAGGAGCUGCAUCCACCC